AUGUACUGGAUACAGGACAAGGAAAAUCUCAUUUUUAUCUCCUGGAACUCACGAAAUUAUCCGAGGUCAAACGUCCUGUCAAAUAUUACCCACAGAAUCUCGAUCCCAGCCGCCAACUUCGAGUGCGCCGCUUGUGCAACUGCAUCGAGCUUCAUAUCAUUUUGGCCAUGGGUUAUGAUUUGGCUACGGGCACUCUAUUUGCUGACGCUGGUAGUAACCUCACAUGCGUCACUUAAAGGAUACGAUGAGAGUUUUGUUCUGGAAUUCAUCAAUCGGUCUCAGACACUCGAUAUCAGCGAGAAAUGCAAGGACAGCCUGGGAAAGGUUCACUCGUACCUGCUCGAUCACGACACACUUGAAACGCAAGGGAUCUACUAUUUCGAGUCGUUUGGAACAGGACCAUCAAAUCUCUUCCUAUCGCGUGACCAAGAUCGAUGGGUUUAUCGAGGCUACGAAUGCAUCAUAUCCGCCGGCGAGACGGUGUACUCAAAAAGCGAGUAUCCCAUGCAUUUUUGCUAUUCUCACGAGGACACCGAUAGCAAAGUCGAUGCAUACGGAGUGUGUAUUCCUACUCCUUGCGCAGAAAGCCAUGUUGAGCUCCUAAAAGAAUGGCGAGCGAUGACGAAGCCGGAGGAAGCUUCGCUUCCAAUGGAUUUCACCGCAUGCACUGCAUCCAGACAUCAGAAGCAGUGGUUCGAACAAUUCGUGCCGGUAGCCGAUCUGGCUUUUAACUUGCUUCUGAUCAUGCUUCUCGCAAUGGCCACCAUCUAUCACAAUAUGAGGGGCGAAAAUCCCAAGUCCAUGUCCAGCAAGAUUUUGCUGGCGUUUUCGGUAAAGAAAAAUCUACGAAGGUUGGUGCAACUACCAAAAGAUCCCCAAUCAUGUAUUACUUGCAUGUUCGGCAUGCGAUUUCUCUCCAUGGUUUGGACACUCAUAGGGCAUUCUUUUAUAUUUGUGCAGGCUUACCUGGAAAACGUUGACGAUUUCAAAGACGCCAUGGUGAACAAUUUCUGGAAUCAAUGGAUCACCAACUUCACUCUCGGUGUUGAUACUUUCUUGGUAUUGGGGGGAACGGUGUUAUCGUAUUCAUGGUUCAGAAAAUGGCUUAAAAACACAACUGAAGAAGAACCAACAUGGACCUCUUACGGCUACUGGUUGCGGUUCUACAGGCAUCGAGUGGUGCGACUAUGGCCGGCGUACCUGUAUACGUUAAUGGCAGUAACGUUACGGAUUUCUGUUACACACUUCCAUCCAAUGUGGCCACCGACAGACCCUGCUAUCCAAUGUCCUAAGCAUUGGUUCGAGAAUGUGUUCUUCAUCAACAGUUUGUUCAACAACAGAUGCAUGCCAUGGACUUGGUAUAUCGGCACGGAAUUCCUGUACUAUUUGAUUUCGCCCAUAUUUCUGCUCUCAUUGAGGCAGACACCAAAAAUUGGACUUGGAAUCAGUCUUAUUACUAUACUUUUGUCGGCGGGACUCAAUACUGCAAAGCAGAUAGAAAGUAAUUUCCCACCUACCCAGUUCCUCUGGAGACAACCACAGAUUUUUAAUCCGAAUUUUAUCCAGCACCACAUAGAACUGUACAUAAAACCACAGUACCGUAUUGGGCCUUACAUCAUAGGACUUGUGCUCGGUUACUAUCUAGCCAACUAUCAACGAUUGGCUGUUAAGCCAGCAAGGACCGCAAAGUUCAUAGCCGUUGGCUGGAUCCUAGGCUCUCUGUGCACCUUCUGGGCACUCUUUGGCCUUUAUCCCUCCCUACAAGGCUGGAACUGGCCAAUAUACCACCUCAUUUACGGCUCGAUUCAUAGAGACGUCUUCGCUUUGGGCAUCGCAUGGAUGAUCUACGCCUGCCAUACUGGAGUUGGUGGAGUGGUCAACUCACUUCUCAGUGCGAAUAUUAUUCUCCCUCUCUCCAAUUUGUGCUUUUCAGUGUACCUGUUCCACAUGAUUCCUGUUGUCCUGACAUAUCUCCUGGUACCAUUCCCGAUUUGGUUCGACUCUCAACUGCCAAUUUUCGUCCAUUGCUUCGCGCAACUAAUCCUUUCCUAUGUGUUCGCUAUUAUCUGCACUUUGGUUGCGGAAUAUCCGGCUCACAACAUCGAGGCUAUACUGCUUGCUCCUCGACAGAAGAAAACUACUCUCAAACCUGUGCCAACCUCAGAAUCGGAACUUCAACUGAAAGGCGUUCCAAAUUUGUAA